AUGACCACAUUUAUCCAAACUUCUACUAUGCAUCUUUCUUGUCCCAAGAGAGCUAUUACACCAGUUGAUAAGGCAAACAUCCCUAGACCUUACAAAUGUCCCAUCUGUCCAAAGUCAUUUUAUAGACUUGAACAUCAGACCCGUCAUAUCCGUACACACACUGGUGAAAAACCUCAUCAAUGUACAUUUCCUGGUUGCGCAAAGAAAUUCUCACGAUCUGAUGAAUUAACAAGACAUGUUCGUAUCCAUACAUCCCCAAAUAAGAGACGUGUUCGCAAAGCAAAGUUGACAAAAGCAAUCCAACAACAACAACAACAACAACAAAACCAUCAAAUCCAGCAACAGCAAUUGCAACAGCCUGUCAUGCUCGUUGCGAGAUCUUUACCCCCUUCUCCCGCUCUUUCUACAAGCUCAAACUUCUCUUCCCAUCACUCUGACAACGAGGAAAUGUUGUUUACACCUGAUCAAUCUCCAACUCUCUCUCCUACUACCAUCUUAUCACCCAUUGGAUCACCUAGAAUGUCCAUGUUCAAGUUGGCACCUUUGGAAUGCAACCAGUUUGAUCCUGUCUCUGCUCGCUCUAGUAGUUGCACUCAACCCAGCCUUAUGGAUCUCUUAAAUCGUCCUCCUCAAGCCCGUGUGUUGCCUCCAAUUAGCUCUACAUCUCAUUUUAUGCCCUCUAAUGCUGCUGCUUCUUCUGAAUCAACAUCCUCAUUACCUUCAAUCCAUUCUGUUGUUCAAUUCUAA